AUGCUCAGCUCCCCCAUCCCCAUCCCCGGACCCCGGACCCCGGCCACCCAUGGGCGCCUGCUUCUCCUCCGCCUCCGCUGCCCCGCCGGCGCCGCCGACGAGCGCCGCCCGUCCAAGAAGGACGACGGCAAGAGGAGGCGUCGCGCCGCCGGAACCUCGCCGGAAGGCGCGGCGGCGGCCCCCGUGCGGGUGGAAUUCGGCUACGAGAGGGACUUCGAGGCGCGCUACGAGGUCGGUCGCCUGCUCGGCCACGGCCAGUUCGGCUACACCUUCGCCGCCACCGACCGCGGCUCCGGGGACCGCGUCGCCGUCAAGCGCAUCGACAAGGCCAAGAUGACCCGUCCUGUUGCUGCGGAGGAUGUGAAAAGAGAAGUGAAGAUUCUUAAAGCACUUAAAGGACAUCAGAAUAUUGUUCACUUCUACAACGCAUUUGAGGAUGUUUCAUACGUGUAUAUUGUGAUGGAGCUAUGUGAGGGUGGUGAACUAUUGGACCGGAUUUUGGCGAAAAAGAAUAGCCGUUAUAGUGAGAAAGAUGCUGCAGUGGUAGUCCGCCAAAUGCUCAAAGUAGCUGCUGAGUGUCAUCUGCGUGGGUUAGUUCACCGAGAUAUGAAGCCUGAGAACUUCCUUUUGAAAUCAAAUAAGGAGGACUCACCACUAAAGGCAACAGAUUUUGGUUUGUCAGAUUUCAUUAAGCCAGGAAAGAAGUUCCAUGACAUUGUUGGAAGUGCUUACUAUGUCGCACCAGAAGUACUAAAACGACGGUCUGGUCCUGAGUCAGAUGUUUGGAGCAUAGGAGUUAUAACCUACAUUUUGCUCUGUGGGAGGCGGCCUUUUUGGGAUAAAACUGAAGACGGUAUAUUCAAGGAGGUUCUAAGGAACAAGCCUGAUUUUCGUAAGAGGCCUUGGUCAAGCAUCAGUCCAUGUGCUAAAGAUUUUGUUAAAAGGUUACUAGUGAAGAACCCAAGGGCAAGGCUAACAGCUGCUCAAGCUCUCUCUCAUCCGUGGGUAAGAGAAGGAGGAGAAGCAUCCGAUAUCCCUGUUGACAUAUCUGUGUUAUCAAACAUGCGUCAGUUUGUCAAGUACAGCCGUUUUAAGCAAUUCGCACUUCGGGCUUUGGCGAGUACACUUAAUGAGGAAGAGCUAGCAGAUUUGAAGGAUCAGUUUGAUGCAAUUGAUAUUGAUAAAAGUGGAUCAAUUAGUAUCGAGGAAAUGCGCCAUGCCCUUGCAAAGGAUCUUCCCUGGAGAUUGAAGGGUCCCCGUGUGCUCGAGAUUAUUCAAGCAAUUGACAGCAACACCGAUGGGCUUGUGGACUUCAAAGAGUUCGUUGCAGCAACUCUCCAUAUACACCAGAUGGCGGAGCUUGACACUGAAAGAUGGGGUAUACGCUGCCAAGCUGCUUUCAGUAAAUUUGAUCUGGAUGGUGAUGGAUAUAUCACACCGGAGGAACUUAGAAUGCACACUGGCUUAAAGGGAUCUAUUGAGCCGCUGCUGGAGGAGGCCGACAUCGAUAAAGAUGGGAAAAUAAGCCUGUCCGAAUUCCGCAAGCUCCUACGAACUGCAAGCAUGAGCAACGUUCCCAGCCCAAGGGGGGUUCCAAAUCCUCAAGCUCUGUGA